UUGCAGAUCUCCUCUAAAUAUGGUAAUAUUUAAAGACGGUUAAUACAAUUAAUUAAUUAUGAAUUAGGCAAAUAACUUUGAUUUUAGUACAUGUACUUGUUGUCCUACUGAGGCUUUCAUGAUCUUUACAUCGUUCACCAGCCGCAAAAGGCAAAGUUGAUGUGUCUCUCCAACCAAAAAUAAUCUCCAGCCGAAUUUUUAUUCUUUACAAACUUCUGCAGCUUUACAAAUACGAGCUGAUAUACUAGUAUGGCACUAGCAAGAAUUGCAAGGACAGGCAUAAGAAGGUCAGGAAGUUCCAAAACCAAUUAUACAACUGAGAAAGAGGCAUUCUCUGAGGGUAUUUCAUUGUACAAGUAUCCUUCUUUGCUCGAAAAUGCAACGGGCAAAUGCAAUAAUUUCUACACAUCUAAACUCGGGAAUAUGAACUCUUCAUACUUCCAAACUAGGGGAUUACAAGCCACUCUCUCUUCUCAAUUACAUUCUAAAGAGAAGAUCGCGUGUCAGCAGUCCAUUGCAGAGAAUGAGAGUACGAGAUACCCAGGCUUAGAAGCAACAAAGGCAGGGGAAAAGCCAAGGGUUGUGGUCCUUGGAACGGGUUGGGCAGCAUGCCGCCUCAUGAAAGGACUUGACACAAAUAUGUAUGAUAUCGUCUGUAUAUCACCAAGGAACCAUAUGGUUUUCACUCCUCUACUUGCCUCAACUUGUGUGGGGACACUGGAAUUCAGAUCAGUAGCUGAGCCCAUUGGUCAGAUUCAGUCUGCACUUGCAAAGGAUCCGAAUUGUUAUUUCUAUUUGGCUUCCUGCACUGGGAUUGACACAUCGAAACAUGAAGUCUAUUGUGAAACAGCGGAGAAUAUGGGACAAUCAAAUGAACGACAUCGAUUUAAGGUGGCAUAUGACAAGCUUGUAAUUGCAGUAGGAUCGGAUCCUUUGACAUUUAACAUCAAAGGGGUGAAAGAACAUGCAAUUUUUUUGCGAGAAGUAAAUCAUGCACAGGAGAUAAGAAGGAAACUUUUGUCAAAUCUUAUGCUAUCUCAGAGUCCAGGUAUAUCUGACGAAGACAGGACGCGAUUGUUACAUUGUGUUGUUGUUGGAGGUGGUCCAACUGGUGUAGAAUUCAGUGGCGAGCUGAGUGAUUUUAUAAAAGCAGAUGUUAGCCAACGGUAUUCACAUGUCAAAGACCGCAUCAAGGUCACUCUUAUUGAGGCCAAUGAAAUAUUGUCAUCAUUCGAUGUGGGAUUGAGGGAAUAUGCAACAAAUCACUUGAUAAAGUCGGGCAUAUGUUUUGUUCGUGGGAUUGUAAAAGAGGUUCAAAAAGAAAGGAUAGUUCUUAGUGAUGGAACAGAAGUACCCUUUGGCAUUUUGGUCUGGUCGACUGGUGUUGGUCCGUCUGAGUUUGUAGAAUCUCUUAACCUUCCUAAGUGCCCUGGUGGAAGGAUAGGGAUUGACCAGUGGUUGCGAGUUCCUUCAGUGGAGGAUGUGUUCGCCCUGGGUGAUUGUGCAGGAUUUCUUGAGCAAUCUGGAAGAAAGGUUCUUCCUGCUUUAGCUCAGGUAGCUGAAAGAGAAGGCAAAUAUUUGGUUGAACUAUUGAACAAGAUGGGGAAGCAAGAUGCAGGAAAGGCAUAUGCAGCAAAAGAUGUUGUAUUAGGAGACCCUUUUGUUUACAAGCAUGCUGGCAGCAUGGCUUCAGUAGGGAGCUACAAGGCCCUAGUUGAUCUCCGCGAGUCAAAGGAUGCAAAGGGCAUAUCCAUUGCUGGGUUCUUCAGCUUUCUGAUAUGGCGUUCAGCAUAUUUAACGCGUGUUCUUAGCUGGAGAAACAGAUUUUAUGUUGCUGUAAACUGGGCAACCACUCUAGUGUUUGGCAGGGAUAUUUCAAAGAUAGGAAACUGAGCUAAUAUAAGCUCUAGUUUGUAGGGAAUGGCGAUUGCCUUUGUUGCAUUCAUCGUUUUUCUUUUGUAGGGGAAACGUACUUGUAGCUUAUGGUACAAAUUUGGAUGUUAUUCGAGUUGUAAAAACUGUGAAACUAAUACAGUAUAUGCAAUAUUAUUACAUAAAUUUU